GGUUGAUCCGCACCAAGGACAACUCAACACAAAAGAAAAAAAGAAUAAACACGUUUACGCUACGUAAAAGUUCACGCAGAAAAGGGGAAGGAGGUGGGAACCGAUGGUCCAAUUUGGCAAUAUACACGUUCCACAUUAGCAUCCAUGCUAGAGCUUCCUCGGUAUAAAAGCAAGGGAAAGCCCCUGCUUACCAACUGGGCCGAGUACCCAUCUUGCACAUUCAUUAUGUUUUCAUCCUCUCAUCAGGGUUCCUUCAAGAAACUGGAGAAGCUGGGCCAGGGAACAUAUGCAACGGUUUAUAAAGGACGCAAUCGCGAGACAAACGAAUUGGUGGCCUUGAAAGAAAUCAAUCUCGACGCUGAAGAAGGCGCUCCUUCAACGGCUAUCCGGGAAGUCUCAUUGCUGAGACGCCUCACACAUGAGAACAUCCUGACCCUGCACGAUGUGAUAAACGUCGAGGACAAAUUGGUGCUGGUCUUUGAGUACAUGGAUCAGGAUCUAAAGCGCUACAUUGACACUCAAAGUAGCCCCCUUGACAACGCAACGGCCAAGUCUUUCGUCUACCAGUUGCUGUGUGGUGUCUCUUUCUGUCAUGAGAACGGAAUCUUACAUCGAGACCUGAAGCCCGAGAACCUACUACUCAACCAGAAUGGGCGGCUAAAACUUGCGGAUUUUGGGCUGGGCCGUGCGUUCGGUAUACCCAUCAGCACAUUUUCGAUUGACGUGGUCACUCUCUGGUAUCGUCCCCCAGACGUGCUUCUUGGAAGUCGCACGUACAACACCAGCAUAGACAUCUGGUCCGUCGGAUGUAUCAUGGCAGAGAUGUAUACAGGCUCUGCAUUAUUCGCUGGAACAACAAAUGCAGAGCAACUACUGAAGAUCUUCGAUAUUAUGGGCACACCAACCGAACUCACCUGGCCAGGCGUCAGUCAAUUGCCCGAAUACAGAAACGACUUCCCGCCUCGCUCUCCACAAAGUCUGCAACAAAUUAUACCGUCGUUAGAUCCUGUGGGGGUCAACCUUCUGGAACGCAUGUUGCAACUACGUCCAGAAGCACGCAUCAGCGCCACAGAGGCUUUAAAUCACCCGUGGUUCCAGGGGCUUGAUUAA